ACAGUCAAAAUAGCUUACAAUUAUCUUUAAUUGCACGCGGGCCACUGACAAAGGCCCGGCGGGCCACAUGCGGCCCACGGGCCGCAGGUUGAGUAUGUCAGACGCAGACGCCUUCCUUCGUCUUAUGUUUUGAAGUCGCCUCGACGCCAUCCCAUCGUGUUUCCCUCUCUAUAUUUGAUCUGUAAGGAAACUAUAAAUGAUUUACAUUUGUAUAAUGAGUUUUGAAGAAGUUGGUAUUAGAUCUAUGAUAUUAAAAAAAAGAAAUGUCUUUUAUUGACUUUGUCAAUGUCAUUUAAGCAAAAGUCAAUUUCUCAUGUUUGCUAAUAGGUACAUAAUACGGGUAUUGCAUGCCUGUGAUUAAGAUCGUGAAAUAGUAUCACUGCAUUCUAACCUCAAAAAUUGCAAAAUCAAGAACUAAAUUGAAGAGGACAAUAUUUUAGAAAUAUACCAGAAAUAAAUGAGUUCAACCUAAAAUGGCUCUGAAUAUACUGCCAAGGCUCCUGUCUCGCAGAAGUUUACGUAAAAUAUUAUCAGAAGGCACUAAACUGACUGGUGCAGAAGUUGCUUCAGUCACCUUACUGAACAACACCUGUAUAUCAUUUUCAACAGAUAGCCAUGAGCAUCUUUUAAGACAAUUCAAAAAUAAAACAAAAUACACUCAAAAGUUUUAUUCUAUCAAAGCAGCACAUCAGAAUGAAGUAGACAAUUAUCGCAAUGAACACAAUAUUACAUGUAUUGGAGAGGAUAUACCUAACCCAUACAUAGAACUAGAGAAGAGUGAAUUCCCAGAAUACAUCAAGUCAUUUUUAAAAGAUCAGGGUUUUGAUAAACCAACCAUUAUUCAAUCACAAGGAUGGCCUAUUGCUUUGAGUGGGCAGAAUUUUGUGGGAAUUGCACAAACUGGCACUGGCAAAACAUUAGCAUACUUGUUACCAGCUGUUGUCCACAUUAAGGAGAAAAAAGCAAGGAAAGGCUUAGGGCCUAUUGUCCUGGUCCUUGCACCAACAAGGGAACUAGCUCGACAAAUAGAACAGGUGGCAAAAGAUUUUGAAAAAUCUAUGAAUGUUAGAACACUUUGUGUUUAUGGUGGGGCCAGUCGUGCUGUUCAAGCUAGCAAACUUCAAGAAGGAGUUGAUAUACUUAUUGCUACUCCUGGCAGAUUAAAUGACUUUAUUGUGAGCAAAACUGUCUCAUUGAGUCGAUCUACUUAUAUUGUAUUAGAUGAAGCUGAUAGAAUGUUAGAUAUGGGUUUUGAACCUCAAAUUCGCCAAGCUCUAGAAGGAGUUCCUCUUGAAAGACAAAUUUUGAUGUUUUCUGCCACAUGGCCUAAAGAAGUGAGACAUCUAGCUAAAGACUACUUGGGAGAGUUUGUUCAAGUUAAUGUGGGGUCCACUGAACUGUCGGCAAACCACAACAUAAAGCAACAUGUUCAUAUAUGUGACACUGAUGACAAAAUGAGCUUGUUUAAAUCUAUAAUGCAUGAAAUUACUGGCCAAGGAUUUGGAAAAUUAUUGAUUUUUGCUAACACUAAGAAGUUUGUGGAUACCCUGGCUCUCACUCUCAGGAGAAAUGGUUGGCCAGCAGAUGGGAUUCAUGGCGAUAAGACUCAGGCACAGAGGGACAAAAUUAUAAACAAAUUUAAAAGUGGCCGUGCAAAUAUCUUAGUUGCAACUGAUGUUGCUGCUCGAGGACUUGAUGUGGAUGGUGUAACCCAUGUGAUCAAUUAUGAUUUCCCAAAUACAUCUGAAGACUACAUCCAUAGAAUAGGCCGUACUGGUCGCCACGACAACAAAGGGGUUUCUCACACUAUACUCACUGACGAGAACGCUAGACAAGCAAGCAGUCUAAUUGAAGUACUCAAAGAAGCUAACCAGGAAAUUCCACAAGAGUUAGACGACCUUGCUCGUUCACACGAUGUAUCGAAAAUUAAAGAAAAACAGGCAAAGUGGAGACCAAGGCAAAAUAACUACCAAUAUAGACAAAACAACAGAAGUAACUUCCAGUAUGGUCAAAGCAAUAGAUUCAACAAAUUCAAAAGUUUUAAAUCAAAGAGAUAUGAUGAUGAUUAUGUGUAAAUAUUUAUUUAGUAGUAAUUGUAGAUGUACUUAUAACCUGUGUUAUAGUUUGUAGUGCAAUAUGAUGUUGUUAUUGCUAUUUUGGUAUUUUAUUUUAUACUUGCCUUCCGAGGGGAAGCUACGCUAUGCUCACUCACUCGGCACUG